UUUAUUUUUUUAAAAUAAUUUGCAUAGUUUUUUUUUUGUUUGUUUUGGUUUUAGUUGUGUAGUUUUUUUUCCAAAUCCUAAACGUUAUUGAGUAGCAUCCGACAGCAGUGUACAGAAUCAAAAUCAAAAGAAAAUAAGAAGAAAAAAGAAAAUUUUUUUGGCUGAAAAUGAAAAUUCAAAACAAUACAAAAAAUUUCAACAACAUUAUCAUGUCUAUUAUGAUUAUUACAAUAUUGAUAAUAACAAUUUGUAAUAAUUUUAUUAAUUGUAUGACAUUCAAUACAAAGACCCUUUGUGAAAGUAUACGUGAUACACAAAUAUAUGAAAUGUUAAAUAUAUUAGCAAUCGGUUUGGAUGGUAAAGAAAAUUUAAUAAUAAUGACAAAAGAUAAAUUUAUUUAUGAUGCACCAAUUGAACAAAUAUUUGAUGAAAAUAAUUUACAUUUACAUUUAGAACAAAUUACACCAUCAACAAUGAUGAACGUUUAUACACAAUUAAAUGUUAAUGAACGUUUUAAUUUAUUAUAUGAAUAUGAUCAAAUACAUUCGGCAUUUUUUCUAACAAUAAUGACAAAAACAUCACUUUGUUUUAUAUCGAUGGAUCCAUCGGCACAGCCAAGCUUAAAUUAUUGGCUAGAUGAUAAUCUUGUUUAUGAAAGUAUUGAUUAUAAAAUACCAAUAUCACAAUGGGUUGAUGAAGAUAUUGAUGAUUUUGUUAUAUCCAAUCGUCCUGGUCAAAUUGAAUAUUUUGUUUGGCGUAAUCAUCGUGCAACAGGUAAAUCAAGUAUCGGUAUUGCACGUUUACGUUCACAAUCCAAAAAUGAAGAAGAAAUAUGGAAAUUUUUUAAAGAAAAUAUUGUAUUUCAACAUAUUUGUAUUGAAAAUGAACAUAAUGUAUAUUUACAUCCAAUACCGGAUGGUGAUUGUACUGGUAAACAAUUUUCAGCAAUCGAUGUUACAAUUGGUUUUUUUACUAAAAAUAAUUUAAUAUUAAUGGGUGAAAGAUAUGUUUAUAAAAUACCUGAAAAAGUAUUAUAUAAUAUGAGUAAAUCAGAACCAUAUCAACAACAAACAAUUGAAGAAUUUAUUUCUUGUCCACAUGAAGCACAACCAAUAAAUGGUAUGGAAUUUGUAACUAAUAAUGAUUUAAGUUCAACAAUAUUAAUGAUAUCAUUAUCAUUAAUAUUGGCUUUAAUGUAUGUAUUUUUGGGUUGGUAUUGUUGGGCAAAAAUAUUAAAAUCACGUAUUGGUGGUAGUGGUGAAAAUGAAGAUGAUGAAGAUGAUGAAGAUGAUGAUGAUGAUGAAAGAACAUUAAUGAAAACAAAAAUUCAAAUGUCUAAACAAAUAAGAACAAAAUCAAUGAUUGGUUUAAAUGGAAAAUCAAAACAAAUGAGUCAAUUGAGAGCAAUGAAAUCGGUAAAAUCUAAAUAUGGUUUUAGUCCUAAAAGCAAACUUCAAUCAAAACUUUCAUCACCAAUGAAAUCAAAAUUAUCAAUGAAAUCAUCACAACGUAGAUCACCAUCAACAUUGGGAAGCAAUAUGUCACCAUCAAGAUUACAAAUGAAAAGUAAUAUGAAAAUGAAAAGUAACUUGAAAAUGAAAAGUAAUAUGAGAAUGACUAAAUCAAGAAUGUCACCAGGAAAAUAUAGAAGUCCAAAAUCUAAAAUUCGUGAAAAUUUAAUUUAAUUUAAUAAAAAAAAACAAAAGCUAAAUAAAAAUUUAUCCAUAUUA